UUUUGUCGCGACGGGCAAUGAAUCGGUGCAGAUCGCCAUCAAGACGGUGACUGGAGUCGGUUACUCUUGGGAAGAAAGGAGACGACCCAAAUCCAAAUCCAAAUCCAACCUGCGGCCAGGAAACGCACCCAGCCAGACAGCCAGCGCCGUCCAAUAUUCACCGGCCGAGCCAUCCUUUGAUUUGGUCAUUCUUGUUCAAUCAAUCGACUCGGCGUUUCAUCUUCAUCACAUCCAUGCGUGCCAUCACAUCGUCUUUGAUGAGACGAGAUGACCUGGGAACCAGACUUUCUUGCUCGGUAUAGUUGAGUACAGUAUUAAGGUCCAGAUUCUUUCGCCUCCACAGUAGUCGGAGUUGAAUAGGCCGCGUGUGUAGUGUACCAUAUGCAUGGCCAAGCCUUCUUCUGCCGCGACGGCAGCCGUGGGGGCGAAGGUGCUCAUCGCCUGCCUCAACGUCGGCUUCUUACUCUUGCUCACCUUCUUUUGCCUCUCGCGCCCCGGCGUCGAAGCUGCCGUUCCCCUCUUGCUCGACGGCGUAGGUCAGCGGCUCGAUCAGGACAAGUGCGACUACCACGGCGACUCUGGGUCAGCAUUUGAAAGGGGGCGGGGCCACGUCGAUUACCUGUACCUGUUCUACUGCGUUUGCGGCGAGGAGCGCCGGGCUCUCGGGUACGCCUUCGUGGCGGCGUGGCUCGCCGUGCUCUUCUACCUCCUGGGCGACACCGCGGCGGUGUACUUCUGCUCCAGCCUCGAGGGCCUCUCGCGGCUGCUCCGCCUGUCCCCGGCGAUCGCCGGCGCCACGCUCCUGUCGCUCGGCAACGGCGCGCCCGACGCGCUCUCCACCAUCGCCUCCUUCGCGUCCGGCGGCGGCGGGGAGGGAGGAGGGAGAGGGACCACCGUCGUGGGGCUCAACGGCCUCCUCGGCGGCGCGCUGUUCGUCUCCUCCGCCGUUCUCGGCGUCAUCUGCCUCCGCCCCGGCGGCCCCGGCCGCGGGUUCCCCGUCGACAGGCGCAGCUUCUUCCGGGACGCGUCCUUCCUCCUCCUCGCCCUCACCGCCGUGGCCGUCGUCCUCGCCGCCGGCAAGGUCAACAUAUGGGGAGCUCUCGCCUUCACCUCCCUCUACCUCUUCUACGUCCUCGCCGUCGCCUUCACCCACGGCCGCGAUCGAGGAUCGCGCGUCGGAGGAGGAGAGGAAGAGACGGACCACACCAACGCCGCCUUGUCAGAGCUCUGCGACGUCGCCGAGACGAAUUUCUAUCCGUACCAGGACCAGGAAGAACCACUGCUCCCUGAGACCGCGCCCCUCCUGCAAUACCAUGCCGAUGAUGAAUCCACGAAGAAGAGUAAGAGGGCGAGUGUGUUCUGGUCCGCGGUGCGCGUGCUGGAGCUGCCUCUGUAUCUGCCGCGGCGGCUGACGAUCCCGGACGCGAGCAAGGAGCGGUGGAGCAAGCCGGCGGCGGUCACCGCGGCCGCCCUUUCCCCUCUCUUCCUCUCCUUCCUCUGGAGCCACACCGCCCUCGCCCUCCUCCUCGGCGGUCUCGCGGGCGUCCCCAUGGGCCUCGCCGCCUUCCUCACCACGGACACCGACGCGCCGCCGACGAGAUUCCGCUCGGCCUGGCUCGCCGGCGGCUUCGUCAUGAGCGUAGCCUGGGCGUACGUCAUCGCCAACGAGCUCCUCUCCCUGCUGGUGUCCGCCAGCCUGGUGCUCGCCGUGGACCCAGCGACGCUGGGGCUGACCGUGCUGGCGUGGGGCAACUCGCUGGGCGACCUCGUCGCGAACGUAGCCGUAGCCAUGUCCGCGCGCGGCGGCGGCGGCGGCGCGCAGGUGGCCGUGGCCGGCUGCUACGGCGGGCCGGUGUUCAACGUCCUUGUCGGCCUCGGCCUGUCCUUGGUGCUCUCGUGCUGGGCUGGAUAUCCACGGCCUGUAGAGAUUCCCAGGGAGGCCAGGCUUUACCAGACGCUGGGCUUCGUGGCUGCUGGAGUUUUAUGGACUUUGGUCAUGCUGCCGAGAAAGGGAAUGUGGGUGGAUAGGACGCUGGGAUUUGGGCUUCUGGGCAUAUACUUUUGCUUCUUGUGUGCUAGCGUUUUACAAGCACUUGGGAUCGUCUGACCAAAUAAUGUAUGUGUCAGACCUUCUGAAUUUUUAUGUACAUAGCUUUUGGAGCUGUUCUUUUGAAACAACUGCUCCCUCCGUCCAAUAAAAAAUGUCUUAAAUUUGUCAAA